ACAAAAACAAAAUUGAAAAGUGAUAAAAACAGGAAACAGGACCUAAAAUUACUGAACCGGAAGAGCGGAGAAAAAUGAAAAUCGAAUCUAAGAAUGUGCGACCAGCAUCCGGAGGAGCUUUGGGGCUUUAGGAUUCCUUUCGUUCCGCUCCUGGCAGCCAUGUAGAUGUAUAAGUGCGUAAGUGCAGGUGUCUACACCCAUCCUGGAGCACCGUACACACACCGUACCGUACACACACAGGGAGAUACCUACUAUAAAUAGUGAAUCGCGUAGAGUAGCAGCCGUAGCCGUACAACCUGUAGCGAAGAGUCCCAGGAUGAAGGUGCUCCGACUGCGAAUGGCGAAGCUGAUGCUGCUGGGCGUCCUGUUGGUCAAUCUGAUAUUCCUGUACUACACCUGGAACACGCUCCUCUGGCGCCGCAUUAGUAGGGUGCUAGCUGGUGACGAGAUGGAGCCCAAGGCCGCCCCUAAAUUGACGCCCAAGGAGAAGGUGCGCAACGCCAACAAGCACAUAAGGAAGAGCAUCACCAUCGUGUUCUAUGGACACUACAACUUUGAGCAGGACCUGCGGGCGAGCAUCGACAGCAUACUGGACGUGAUACCCAACAUGCCCAUCCUGGUGCUUCAGGAGGGCGGCACCGAGUACGCCUAUCCACCGGUGAGCUAUGAGCGAAACCUCACCGCUGGCGAGGAUCAGACUGUGACCUUCCUCAAUCUGGCCUUCGAUGUGAGACACACGCGACAGGAGCUCGAUCCGUUGGCCGCCAUUCGCACCAAGUACGCCCUCCUCAUGCCGGACAGUGUCCGGCUGAACAGCAAGAAUCUGCUCCAGAAGAUCCUGCGCGAGAUCAACACGAUCGGCGUGGCCGGGGCCCAGGCACAGCCCAAGGAACAGCGACUGGCCGUUCCGCCGGAGGAGACGGUGCGCCGCAUGGUGCUGGUCCCCUUUGCGGGCAAUCUCAAGUCAUUCAGCAGCUGUGCGCGGAUGAGAAUGGAUCUGCCCAACUGGACGCUGGAGAUAGUGGCAACUAAUGACAGUCGGCGCUGCGAUUUGUUUCUACAAAAGCACGCGAUCCUGUUGGAUGUGGCCGCUCUGGGUGCGAUGCCCGAACCUUUCGCCCUGCCCUUCCCAGAGAUGCUGUACAUACAGGCAAAGAUUGCCAAUUUAUCGACCACCGUAUUCUCACAUGCCUUCCAGGAGGGAAGACGUCUCUUCGCCUCGUUCCACACUAAGCAGCGCCGCAUGGAGCUGCGUCGCCGCCAGUUCCGGGAGAUGUACAAGCGGUUGCAGAUUAAGAGGAUCGUGCGACGGGCGUACACGGUGCUCGGCAAGCCACCGGCCAGAGAGAGCAGCUGGCAGUUCCACCAGGGCGUGCUGGAUGCCCAGUUCUCCAGCUCCAACAUGUCACUGCCGUUGGUCACGGACAUCGAUCUCUUCGGUUGCGAGCGUACCACAAAGUCCUGCAUCGGCACCGUGUACAACAAUCGGCCGUUCUACUCGUAUCUGGACAAGCACACCCCACCCUGCUGCCUGGACAAGCUGCGGACCACUUUCAACCAUGUGCUGGAAGAGUUCGAGAACGUGGGCAUACGCUACUGGCUGGACAACAAUGCACUGAAAAGCGCCGUGGAGACCAACGCCAUCUCACCGGAUGCCUACGACAUUGACAUCAGCUUCAAUGUGCACGACCUGGAGCGCUCCAACGCGAUGAAGAAGUCGCAGAGCAAGCCGUAUGUGGAUAACGAGGGCUUCUACUGGAUCAAGGCCACCGACGGACACUACUUUCGCGUCCAAUUCUCGAAGCCCAACCAGGUGGGAGUCAAUCUGUUGCCCUACGAGAUCAAAGGCGCCGAGGUGCGAGCCAGUGGCUUCUUUGGCUGGAAGGCAAGCACAUUUGCAGCGGAUUUUCUCCAUCCCAUGUCCACGGUGCUGUUUCUCGGCAAGAGUGUCAUGUGCCCCAACAAUGUGCUCGAGUAUCUGGAGGCGAAGCACAUCAAAGUCCAGUCCCAAGAUAUGGCCAUGGACGACUAGAAGUUUUAGAGGAUAUAGAAGAUGUCUAGUUACAAUUUAGUUAAGGUUUUAGCAUAGAU